GGGAAAAAAGCCCCUUCGUCCUGACGUGCUGCUGUGUGUCUUGCCCGUUGGGGACUAUAAGCCAGUCGCCACGGAUUUUAGCCCCUUCUUCCUCACAUCAGCGAUGAAAUAAUGAACAAGGCGGACUGUACUGCAGGGAACGAACAGAGGUGUGUCAUUUAUACACGAUUUUGACAUGAAGAAGGACAUAGAGGUGCUGAUAGCAGAGGAACGUGCAGAGAUUAUCUCUAAAUAUGAUAAGGGCAGGGAGGAGGGUGUUGAGAUCGACCCUUGGGAGGAUGCAGACUACAGCAUUUACAGAUCCACUGACCGCUUCGGCUUCCUGCAUGAGGAAGAGCUCCCCACACCAACAGCGCAUGAAGAGAAGCAAAAGCAGCAGGAGAUCGAGCGGGUGCAGAAAUGGCUGAAGAUGGUGCAAAAAUGGGAGAAGUACAAGAACAGCGACAGGAUGAUGAAGAGAGUGUACAAGGGGAUUCCAGUGAUGCUGCGAGGCCAGGCGUGGAGCCUGCUGCUGGACGUAGAGAAAGUAAAGAGGGAGAAUGAAGGAAAAUAUGAGAAAAUGAAAGAGCAAGCCAGGAUCUACUCCACGGAAAUCAAACAGAUUGACCUCGAUGUGCACCGGACCUUCCGGAACCAUAUCAUGUUCAUGGACCGAUUUGGAGUGAAACAGCAGUCUCUGUUCCAUGUGCUCACUGCAUACUCUGUCUACAACACGGAGGUGAGUUACUGCCAGGGAAUGAGUCAGAUAGCUGCCAUUCUGCUGAUGUACAUGAAUGAGGAAGAUGCAUUUUGGGCUCUAUCACAGCUUCUGACCGAUCAGAAACACGCCAUGCACGGCUUCUUUAUCCCUGGAUUUCCUAAACUGCAGCGAUUUCAGAACCACCAUGACCAGAUUCUGUCCAAACUCAUGCCCAAACUGAAAAAGCAUCUGGACAAGGAGCAGAUGUCCACUGGGAUUUACAGCACUAAAUGGUUCCUGCAGUGUUUUAUUGACAGAACCCCAUUCACGCUGACCUUACGCCUGUGGGAUAUCUUUAUCCUGGAAGGAGAGAAGAUCCUCACAGCCAUGGCCUACACCAUUCUCAAAUUGCACAAGAAGCGCUUGUUAAAGAUGUCUCUGGAGGAGCUGAGAGAGUUCCUGCAGGAGCAGAUCGCCGAAUCCUUCGACCUCAGCGAUGAUAUUGUCAUCGAGCAGCUUCAAAUCACCAUGGCAGAACUACGUAAAAUGAAGCUGGACCUUCCCUCUCCAGCCAAGCCUGAUGAGCUGCCACGGAAGCCGCUGGGUCUGGAGCUGCCUGUAGUGCUGACCCCAGUGCGACCCCCCAAGCUCGGCCAAACUGAAGACACCCCGGACAAGAGCCAGCUGGCCAAGCGGCCACCAGUUUCACUCCACAUCCACCUGGACCAGGAGUCCAUUCUGCCUGAUCAAAGCUUCCCAGAAGACAAGCAGACCUCGCAGGACAGGGGGAACCUAUCGCCCUUUCCUUCUCCUGACCCAGUCCUGGUGCAUAACCAGAUCCCUUUUGCUCCAGAGGGAAUGAUCGGCGCUCCUGAAGAUGGUGGGGAGCAGCCACCCCCAUAUGAGCCUCCCAGAAGUGGAGUUCCACAUGGGAAGAACUUGCCUGACAUAGACUCUCCAGCCAAACAUACAUAUGGUACUUCACCUCAGCAUAUUUCCCAAGACACUUCACAGCCUGCAGGGGGCAGCGCAGAGGCUGAUUUCUCUGUAGUGACCCCAGGCAAAGUCCCAUUGACAUUGUCUGUAGCCUCAGUGUCUCGUCAGCCCUCAAACCUCUCCCAGUACGAAAACCACCCAGAGGCAGACUUGGGGGGGGGGGAGGAACGCUUGGUGAGCAGUUCAGCAGAAAAAGCCGCAACAUUAACCCGAAACUCUGAGGCUGCUUUUAACCAAUCACAUUCAUCAUCCACAGCUGGACGGAGGCUACCCAAUGUUCAUUCAGACCCGCUGCUGGAGCGCAUGCUCCAUGCCAGCCUCCCCAAAUCAGACACAUUUUAGGCCAGAAACUACUUGUUCAUUAAAUUAUUUCUGCAUCCUUGCUUUCUGUAAGGCACUUAGGGUUAGACACGUCAGUAUCAUUGUUUAUUAUGAGCAUCAAAGCUCCAUGAUCUGUUAGAGGGAUGAUGACUUUUGCUGAUUCUAAAAUCAGCAAUCAAUUAUGUUUUAAGCAUACUGUACAAAAUGCACAUAAUACAACCCAUACUGUGCCUGAACAGCGAUGUUUCUGAAAACACAGAAUUUUCAAUGAAGUAAAUACUGUUAAUGGAAUACCAGCAUUUUUCAACCACAUCUAUAUCUGUAGCACACAAUUUCCCUAUAAUACAAAAAAAAGGAAAACCCAAAUAGAAGCCAUUGGGCAGUCAAAGGCAUAUAUUGCUGUUAUAUUGGAACAAAUCCUUGUAUCUUCAAAAUGGUAACUUUACAGGAGAAGGAAAAAACAUACUUUUCUUUUAAAGUAAAUCAAUGGAACCAGAGUUUUUUACAUGUAAUUUUGGGCUGUUUCUUUUCUUUUUUUUGUAAAGGGAAACUGACAUUUUCAAAUUAUGUCAGAAACUGAAAAACAUCAAACAUGGAGAUGUAAGGUUUUGUUCCAACAACAGCGAUAUAUAAAAUUCAGCUAGAACUGGUUUUGCGGUAUUUGAGGUAAUAUUUUGCCAACAUAGUCACCAGAAAAUCUUGUAACCAUAAUUGUUGCUUUUUCCAUGUUACUCCAAGUCAGAUAAAACUUCACUUCGUUUUUCUGUAAAUUUUGGUAAAACAUUCACUUGUGUCUCAUUCUCAAUAACUAAAUAACAAUUUGAAUGAUAUUAGUUUGGGGACAUGUGGUAAAUUUUAAAUUGACAUUUGUAAUUUAGCAGAUGCUCUUGUCUAGAUGAAUGCAGGAGUUACGAGUCUUGCCCAAGGACUCCUAUAUAAUUAUAGCGCUGUGUGCUUUCCCAGGCUGUCAUCCCGAAAAAGAUUCAAAUAUAAAUAUAAUACAGAAUAUGAAAUGUGGCAUAACCUAUGCACAGGGCAUAUUUUAUUUAUUUACUUUCAAUAUGUAAACAAUAUGUAAAACAGUCCUUGUGCAUGAAAAUGUGCAGAUGCGUGUUCUCUGUAGAAGAUGUGUUGAUUUAUUUUUACUUAGAAAACAGCAAGACGUAAUUUGACUGGAGCACCCAAACUUUUGUGUACACCUGUCUGUACACAGUGUACACUGUGUACACUGUACACAGUCUCAAAUAGGACUGAAGAACUGCAUUGCUUUAGUGCAGCAGUUUUAAAAUGUUUGCAACAUAAGCAUGUACUUUCCGUGUAAUUCAGCAGCUGCCCAUUGGCUUCUAUUGUGAGUUUCAUGUCAGUUAGGUUUUCUUUUGUUUUAUGAGUACUAGAAAACGUAUCAGGAUGAUUUUCUGUGGUAAACAACUAUAUGAUACAGGUGCAUCAGAUAGAGAUUAAGAUGAAAAACACUGAUGUGUUCCUUUAAGUUCGCCAGUCUUCAUUCCUCUCAGUUUAAUGAUGGUUUAUAAGCACUGAUGAACAAAAUAGUCUUAAUCUAACCAGAUAAGCCUGGACAGGUGCUAUCGAACAAAAUGAAAAAUCUGUAAUAUUUGAAUGUUGGGGACGGGUCACGUCCUACGCUUCAAGGUCUUGACGAAUUGUCAGCGUAAUUUAAAGCUACUGCCAAGAAAAGGACUUGAUAAACUUCCAAAGUGAGCUGGCUCACUGAUUCAGAAGGAGCUACUUACACCUGCAGUGUCAUCAACAAAGGCCUUCUGCAUUCUCUUUUCACUGCUUUAAUCUUAAACAGACUAUUUAAACCAUAGAGUGGUGAGUUUUCAAUAAAUGCCAUUCAAUUUUUACACCAUCUCAUUAUAUGAUAAAAUGACACACCAUAAACGUGAUAAAGUACGUCUUAAAUUAUAAAAGCUUCACAAAAAAACUUUUAAAGCAAGAACUCUUGGACAUUUGCAAUAUAACUUUACUACGUUAAAGAUUGUAAUAUAAUAUAAUUAUCACUUUACAAUUAUAUUUGUCAUUUUUUCUCUCAAACAGGCAGAAUAUUUUGUUAUUUUUUAUGACACGUCAUCAAAUGUUGUACCAACGGUUGUGAGGGAAGGGUUAGCCAGUGCUUUUGUGCGAGAUGCAAGAUUAAAAGCUUGCAGAUGAUGCUAAAUUUUGACCUUUAUGUACAGUACGUGUUAAGACUUGUUUUCCAUUUGUGUGAACAUUUUGUAAAUGAAGGUAACGAGCUUUUUAAAGUAUUGUAUUUUAAUGCUUUUAGGCUUUUGUAUUUGUAGGCUUUUAGACAUUUUGUAUAGUAGAAAUUAUAUUUAUACAGGAGCUAUGUUACUUUAGCAGGUUGUGGGUUGUUUUUUUAUUUUAUGUUCUCUUUCACAUCGCUGUCCUAAAUCCCAGAAUUGUGUUCUGCUCUCUUAUCAGCCUUGUACUUGUCCAUCGUUAAAGAGAAAGUCCACCAACAUUUAACAUGUUUUGCAUAAUAAAAUGAUCAAGAUGUAAACAAAGUCAUAUAGCGAUUCAGAAUUGUUCACAGUGGCGGUGACGUCUAAUGCCUUUAAAAGCUCCCACACACAGAAUGUUAUUACAUGAAGUGUUGAUGAAUACAUUGUCUGAUUCCUAGAUAUUGUUUCACAAUAGCUUUGAGAGAUGACCAAAAGGAUAUUUUUAAAAAUGGUGGAUAGCUACAUGUAGUGUGUUAUAAGGCAAAAACAUAACCAAAGAAACUGUCUUUUCAGAUUCAUCACUAUUUUACUGUUAUCAUCACAUUACAUGUCGCUGUUGGUGGAAUUUAUUUUUUUAUUUAUUUUGGUGCAUUCAUCUUGAUGUAUAUACACAAUGAAAAAGACAACAGGUUUUUGUCAAUACUGAAAAAUGGACAACGGAGAUAGGAGGUUUUCUUCCGACAGCAGUGAUAUAAACACUUUAAGGCAUGCAUAGGUUCUUUGGUCAUUUUGGAUAGUAAGUAUAAUGGCUAUAUUUAUGUUGUAAACAUGGUUCCUAUCCCCGCCAUUGUAAACAAUUCUGAGUCAGUAUGUUUCUGUACAAUGUGUCAUUGCACAUCAAAUCACUCUGAGUGACUUCGUUUAGAUCUCAACAGUUGAAUUAGUCUGAACUUUAACUGCAGGCAUCUGGGUGAACGUUUCAGUUUGUCUGGACUGCAUUCAGAUUUUUUGCAGUUACAGUCAGGUAAAAAUAAUAAUUUCUUCCAUAAUUUUGAAGUAAAGAGCACCACCUGGUGGACAUUUAGUACUGUGCUGUUUGUGUAGUACUCUGUUAAGGCAGUAGUUAUUUCCUGUAGCAUAUUCAGUACAUGCGAAAGAAUUAGAAGAUUGGAAUGCAUGUGUGCAGAAAGGUAGAAGCUUUCUUUGAAAGAUUUGUGAUGGAAUUUGUCUUAAAACAGUGAUUUACAAGUUGUAUAACAAUAACAGCAAAACAUCUCAACAGUUUAAUCAUCUUAAUGCUGUUUUAAUUACCAGGGUGCUUCAGUGCUGCUGUUUGUGGGUGGACACCAAAACCAAACAUGUUUCGAAUUGCAUCAGCGCUUUCAUGCUAUGCAUUUGUCUUUAUACUUUUGCUGGACAUUUGGUGAUAUAAGUAUAUUUAAUUCUAUUUAUGAUAUUGUAAUUUUAAUCAGUGCUUUAGUUGGGGUCAUAUUCUUGCUUUAAAGCAAUGCAUACAGUCAUUUUUGUAGCCUAAUUUAAUUUCAGUAAACUUAUAGUGCCAGUAUCGGCUGGUCAAUAACUAUAUCUGCGGUGUCAUUCAUCCACUCAGUCGCUCGCUGAGUAGCAAUGGUGCACCCCUACUAAGUAGGCCUAUAUUUACACAUUUACAGCACAUGCAGUUCAUCUGUGCUCAUUUCAGAACAGAUGAUCCUCCAUCGGUUUUAUAACAUGUCUUUCCUUUUGGGCUUUCAUUUCACUUAAUGAAGUAUGGUGUUUUUUUUUUUUUAAUAAUUGUACAUUUCUGUACAUUCCUUUAUAAGGAGUUUUGAGAUCUCCAACCAAGAUGCUUUGGUUUUAUUUUGUCUGUGCAUUGUAAAGAUAUUUGGCUUUACAAAUAUGUUAAACUUUUGAUUGGCAGAAGUAGACAGUUUCUGACCAUAGCUGUGUCUGUGUUUUUUUUAUUUUAAUUUUUUUAUGAUGCAAUGCUGAUUUUUAUCAGAGCAAACAUGCCAUUGCAGUCCAUGGGCAGUAGGGGGCUCCAAAUACACAUAUAUUGCCCAACAGAUGGCCCAAUAUCAAUGCAACAGAAUGGCUUUCUGUAAUGUUUAAUGAAUUCUGAUGCCAGUAA